CUAAUAUUAGCUAGGUUUUUUAAGUUCUUGUGGUGUUGAGCAGUAUCCUGAUCUAUUACACUGCUACAUAUAUAUAAAUGAAAACCCUAUCAAUCGUUGGGAAACUCAUAUCUCUCUUCUAACAAUUCAAGCUAAAAGAAGCUAAGACUAGACUUUUACCAUAGAAAGUAAGGGGAAAAAAAUCCAAACAUGGUUUCAAAAAAUAAUCGUCUCAUGGCCGAAGCAACAUGCCUCCUAAUAUUCUUGUUUUCAGUUAUCAGAAUAGCCCAUGGUGCAGAUUUCAACAUAAAAAACUUUGGAGCAAAGGCUAAUGGCAAGUCAGAUGAUACCCAGGCAAUGAGUAAUGCUUGGAAGGCGGCAUGCAUGUCGACCGAUCCUAGCACUAUUUUGAUACCAAACGGGAAAUACAUGGUUGGUCCAUUAACGUUCCAAGGACCCUGCAAGGCACCAGUCAAUGUUCAAGUUCAAGGAAACGUUCUUGCUCCAACAGACCUCAACAUUUUCAAGUCCCAAAACGGCUGGAUGGUUUUCCAAAACAUUGACAGAUUGAUGGUCUCAGGAACAGGAACUUUCGAUGGCCAAGGAUCACUUGCUUGGUCCCAAAAUAACUGUGCAAAAACUGGGACGUGCAAUUCACUGCCCAUUAAUUUGGCAUUCACUUCGAUCACCAACUCAAAGAUUCAGGACAUAAGUUCGCUAAACAGCAAGUUGUUUCACAUGAACAUAUUGAACUGCAAGAACGUGACCCUUCAACAUAUUAUAAUCAGAGCGCCUGAAGAAAGCCUAAACACUGACGGAAUUCAUAUUGGUCGCUCAUCCAGGAUCAAUAUUACUGGCGUAGACAUCAAAACAGGGGAUGACUGUGUCUCUCUUGGCGAUGGAAGCCAACAAAUUAACAUUGAGAAUGUGACAUGUGGACCUGGACAUGGCAUUAGUGUUGGAAGCUUAGGAAAGUAUCAUGACGAACAACCUGUUAUGGGAGUUACAGUGAGGAACUGUACCCUCACCAGCACAAUGUUCGGUGUUAGGGUCAAAACAUGGCCAAAUUCUCCUAGCGGCGUUGCUUCAUAUUUGGAUUUUGAGGAUAUUGUGAUGAACAAUGUCAGCACUUGUCUUCUUAUAGACCAAGAGUAUUGCCCUUACGCUCAGUGCAAUGCAGAGGUUCCAUCACGUGUCAAGAUUAGCAAUGUUAGCUUCAAGAACAUUCGGGGAACAUCCGCAACUAAGCAGGCUGUGAAGAUUAUAUGUAGCAGAAGCAUUCCCUGCCAAAAUGUGCAGAUAAGCGACAUUAGCUUGCAAUACAAUGGAAAAGAUGGCCCUAUUACAUCCGUGUGCAAGAAUGUGAAGCCUUCAGCUUUUGGAAAACUGAACCCUCCUGCUUGUGCUAAUUAUAAUUAAUUAACCUUCCUUUUGAAUAUUAUGCUUAAAUGUUAAUUAAUAAGUUCAUUCGAUCAUGGCUAGGUUUAGAAAACUGUACUUAGAUGUUGCACCCCUGCCCGUCUUCAUGCUUUCUUGCAUGCAUGAUGAGCUGAGUGGUGAACCAAUAUAGUUUAAAUAAAUUAUAUUAAGAUGUUAAUAUUUAUAUAUAUAUAUGUCCGAGCCUUUAGUUUUCAUUUGAACGUACGUACGUAAGUAAUUUAUGACGUUUGAAUACUGUCUCAUAAAGUUGUACGGACGGUAUAUGUUAUAUAUGACAAUAAUCCUUUUUAUUUUUA